CCCGGAAGCGGUGUCAGCGCUGGAGCCGGCGGCGGGCGGCGGCGGCGGCGGCGGCGGCGGGCGGCGGGUACUUGUUGUUCUUCGCGAAGUCGGAGCCCGAGCGCUAGCGGAGGCGGCGACCCGGGGGGGCACGAGAGCGAGGAGCGGCGAAGAGAGCGCGUGCCCGCAAGGAGCCGCCGCGCCCGGGCCGCGAGGCCAGUUACAGUUUUCCAGCACUUCCAUCCUGGUGAUUGUGCCCGGGUUAUGACGACUAAUCCCAAGCCCAACAAGGCGUUAAAGGUCAAGAAGGAGGCGGGCGAGAACGCCCCUGUGCUCAGCGAUGAUGAGCUGGUGUCCAUGUCCGUGCGGGAGUUGAACCAGCACCUCCGGGGGCUCACUAAGGAGGAGGUCACCCGCCUGAAGCAGCGCCGGCGCACACUCAAGAACCGUGGAUACGCAGCCAGCUGCCGCAUCAAGCGGGUGACGCAGAAAGAGGAGCUGGAGCGGCAGCGGGUGGAGCUGCAGCAGGAGGUGGAGAAGCUGGCUCGUGAGAACAGCAGCAUGCGGCUGGAGCUGGACGCCCUGCGCUCCAAGUACGAGGCCCUGCAGACCUUCGCCCGCACGGUGGCCCGUGGGCCUGUCACGCCGACCAAGGUGGCCACGACCAGCGUCAUCACCAUCGUCAAGUCCACAGAGAUCUCCUCCACCUCUGUGCCCUUCUCAGCUGCAUCCUAGUGCCUGCUUGGGCCGUGAGGCAGCACUUCCCUCGUGCCUGCCCAGGGUCCUGGCACAGACUCUAAACACCAGUCCAUUGCAGACCCCUCAGGGCUGAGAGCGGGGACAAGCGAGGUGCCUGAUGAAGAGUAGGCUCUUGUGAGCCAGGCACUGCACGCUGCUCAUGCACACACACGUGCACACACACUCAUGUCCCAUCCCUUCUCCCCAGAGGUGUCUGUUUUCAGGAGUCGAUGGGAGGACAACUCUACAGUCCCCUGCAGGUUCUGCCAGGAGGAACACCCCAGGAGGGGCCCCUGCAGCUGGGUGCAGGGCUCACCUUCCACUCCUCCUGUGAGCAGCCUUUAACACCGUCCCGCCAUGGCUUCCACCUGGGCCAGGCACCCUGUGCUGACCUCACCGAGCUCUGGCUGCCCCUGGAGCGGGGUGGAGGGAGCUCACAGUCGGCUCUGGUCUUCCAGUUGUCCCGUUGAAGCGCGCUACAAUGCGCGUUAGCCCUUCGCACCAGGCCUGCAUCCUGGGAGGCAGAUCUAGGAACGUCUGUGAGUGGCUGUGUGUGUGUGUCUGUGUGCUGUGGGCCUGCUGUCACAGGGCCUGUACACCAGAAGCACCAGGGUCAUGUCAGGAAGGCUUGUCCAGUAUGUUUGCAGAGAGUUGAGUGUAUGUUGUGAAGUUUCCCUUGUGUUCUGUGAGCCAAGGAAGUUGCCCAGCAAGGCCCAGCAGCAGAGCCAGCUAGCUUUCUGCCAACCUGCUGGCCAUCCCUGGAUCUCAGCAAGGUGAGGGGCAGGAGCAUCCCACCAGCUGGUGGAAAGCAGGUCUUGGUUUCCCUGGGGCUUGCUUCUGGCUGGCUGUGCUCAGCAAGGUGGAGAAGGUGGAGAUUUGGGGCCUGUGGGGAAAACUUUGUGUGGUUUGGAGAGGAGUUGAGGCCUCAGGGAUGUUGGUGGACAAGGAGGCAGCGGUUGAUGUCCUGUGUGGAGUAUCCAAUGGAACACUGUGCUUCCCACUGCUGGGGGGAGGUGGGUAAGGAUGGGGCGGGAGCCCUGGAGAUGGGGCCCAGGCCCCAGAAUAUGAAAGAGGCCCAAGCGUGCAACGUGCUGGGUCAGAGGGCACAGCCAGGAUCUCCUCGUGGACAUGCCUUUGUUGAGGUCAGCCGGGAGCCCCUAGAUGGGCUUGGGCACAGAGACGGGUCUCUGUGCCUUGGUGCUUGACCAUCGCCUGGAGCCUUCGCUUGCUCUUCAUUCAUGGAGCUCUGAGCCACUUGUGGUCUUGGGGAUCCUUCUGGGGCUUCCUUUUCCAGAGCACUGCUGCAGGGCACCCUCCUGUGCCUGGGGGGAUUGGGCUUGGGCACUCCGGUCUGGGGUGAGCUGGUGGAGUGUGAGCCUGUGUCCUGCUACCAACUGGAAGCCACCACAUGGGACAGGCAGUGAGGGGGUUCCAGCCCCUAACACCCAGUUCCCUCCUGACCUGACCUCUGUCCCCAGCAAGCUGCCAUGCCCAUGUGCAGACCGCCCCAAGGGCUGCAGUGUGGUUCUGAGUCUACUGUCAGAAGUGGAUAGAAAGUGUCAGGGGCUCUCUGGUGGCACCGCCAUGUGGCUGGUCCUCCUUCAGGUCCAGGGCAAUGCUAAUGGUUGGCCAAGCUGCAGCCCAGCCAUGCAGGGUCACACUGGAGCCUCAGAGCAGGAGGCUCUGCUGGGCACUUGAAGCUGUCGAUACCAUAGCCAUGGUAGGUAAUCCAUAUUGGAUAUCAAUAAGGGCCAUGGGGAAAUAUUUAAAGAGAGAAAAAGAAUAUAUAUAUAUAUAUAUAUAAAAAAUUAUAUACACAUUUUAUCGUACAGAUUUUUCAUAAGUUUUUCUUUUCCAGUUUGAUACUGUAGAUCUUUAGUGCAGAGUUGUGUUGGAUGGGGAGGGAUGGGUGAGCUGCCCUCCCUGGUGUGUGCUGGGCCCAGGGAUGAGGCCUAGCCCAGCAGGCACCCUGCUUGGUGGGCGGCCCCCAGGGCAAGCCAUGCAGUUGCAAGUUCUCUCUAGCCCCAGGGGUCUGUCACAUCUCUGGGAUGUGGCAGGCGGGUGGCAGCUGGUUGUGGGUAGCUUCUCACUCUUGGCCUGUGGUGCUGUGCUAGAGAAGGGGCUUCCUACCCUCAGCCUCCAGGAUGCCCGCGGGCACAGGGCCAGGGAAGGAAGUGGCACAUUCUGCUUUGCCUUUGAGAUCACUGAAACUUCAUUGUCACGAUUUAAUAUAUGAACUUUUUUUUAUUUAAGAAAAAAGACAAGGACCUCUUUGUCGUGGGUUUGUUUGUCUCGCGUCUCAGACCUCCCAAAGAGGGCAAGCUCCGUCUUUCCCAGGUGGCCAGGCGCUCCCUCGACACGCCACGCGCACGUGUCCUGGCCUACUAGUUGCAGUUCCAUUUCAAUAUUUAUUUUAUUUUUUUUUUUUUGCUGCUUUUCCCUGAUAUAAAUUAUUGAGAGGAGAUCAUAGCUGUGGACCCGCAUCUGUGCCCGUGCCCACCCGCCCCAGCUCACAGCCCACCACCUAAUUUAUUGCUGUACACGUCGCUGCUCUGACUGCUUUUGUACCUUUGCAAUAAAGAACCUCCUGGUUUCA